CCCGAAUUUCCACCAUCUGAGCAUCCCUUGACCUCGUACUUCCUUCACCACGGGAGCCCACAUAUCUCGUGCAUUCAUGUCGCGCCACAGGGACAUUCGAAACCUCAAUAUCCAUGAUGAGUUGGAUGAUGACUUCGAGGAGGAGGCGGAAGAGGAGAUGACGGAGGAGCAGCAGGCUCUGAUGGAAGACGGCCUCGUACAGGUUCGCGAGGUGGUUGGCUCCGAGGAUCAGUCAGGCCUGGCGGACAACAAGAUCAAGGACGCUUUAUGGGAGUUCUACUUCGACAUCGACAAGACCAUUCGUUGGUGCAUGGAGGAACAGGAUCGCAUGAAGGCCGCCCAAGAGCGCAAAGCUGCCAAAGAACGUGAAAAGGCGCAAAAGGCCGCCGCGCAACGUGCUCUGCAAGAAGCCAAGUCCGCCGCGACCUCGCGUGCGGGGUCACCUGCGCCGAAGAAGAAAGGCGGCGGUGCAACGAAGAGUGGCGCGGCGACACCGGCGAGAGGCAUGGAUCAGCGGCAGUUGGAUCUGUCGGGGCUGAAUAUAGGUGAGAAAGAGGAGAAGUCGGUGGACGAGCCGCCCCCGAAGGCGGUGUUCGCAAGAGAGAAACUGCUGGAGGAGGCGAGGCGUGCGAUCGAGGCGGAGGAGGCGCGGGGCAAGAAGGCGCGGGGCAAGAAGGCAGUGAGCUUGAUGGUGAUAGGACACGUGGAUGCAGGCAAGUCGACGCUGAUGGGGAGGUUGUUGUAUGAGUUGGGAGCGUUGGAUGAGAAGACGCGGACGGCAAAUGAACGCGGGAGCAGUAAGGUCGGCAAGCGCAGCUUCGCAUGGGCAUGGAACUUUGACGGCACAUUGGAGGAGCGCGAACGUGGCAUCACAAUGGAUAUCGCUACUCGCGCGAUGACGACGCCGCACCGACAAAUCACGAUCCUCGACGCACCGGGGCAUAAGGACUUCGUGCCAAAUAUGAUCUCAGGCGCUGCGCAGGCGGACUGUGCGCUACUUGUCGUCGAUGCGACAACGGGAGAGUUCGAGUCUGGCUUCGAGCGAGGAGGGCAGACGCGAGAGCAUCUCAUCCUCGUGCGCAGCCUCGGCGUCACGCAGGUCGUUGUUGCUGUCAACAAGCUCGACCAGGUGAACUGGGACCGCGACCGUUACGAUGACAUCUGCGAACAGUUGAAGCCCUUCUUGGUGCAGACGGGUUUCCAGCCUUCAAAGACGAGCUUCGUUCCUGUGGCGGCCAUGCAGGGCAUCAAUCUUGCGAACAGGGAGGACGAGGAGGCCGCGCUAUUGAAGGCUUGGUACGACGGACCGACCUUACUGGACGUCCUAGAUCAACUCGACCCGCCGGCGCGCGACAUCACUGCGCCUCUACGCAUCCCAAUUGCCAACGUGUUCAAAGGCUCGACGUCUGGAACUGCGGUCUCUGGUCGCAUCUGCGGUGGCAUCGUGCAAGUCGGGGAUCGCGUACGCGUGCUUCCUGGAGAUGAGACAGCGUACGUGAAAACCAUUGAGACGGAAGACGAGAGCCUCGUAUGGGCGGCAUCGGGGUCGAAUGUUACGCUCUACCUCACCAACAUCGAUCCCAUCAACUUGAACAUUGGGUCCGUAUUGUGCUUGCCGCACGAGCCAAUACCCCUAGCAGCGAGCUUCAGUGCGAGAAUCAUCGUGUUCGAUGUCCAAAUCCCAAUCACGACGGGCACGACGGUCGAGCUUUUCCAUCACUCGCGCGAUGUGCCGGCAACAGUAUCAAAAUUGAUUGCCACGCUAGACAGGGGAACGGGUAAGGUGCUGAAGGAGCACCCUCGCGUACUUACCAAGAGUACCUCCGCCGAGGUUCACAUUUCUCUCCGCGCCACAGCCAUGACAGGUCCCAAUAGCGUGGCGAAGCCGAUUCCAAUAGAACCUUUCUCGGUGAACAAGGACAUGGGCCGUAUUCUCAUCCGCAGAGGUGGAGAGACGAUUGCUGCCGGCAUCGUGGUACAACUGCUUUGAAGAAGAUGAAAAAUAAGUAGAAUCGACCGUGCUAUGUAUACAAUAUGUACGAAGAACCGAAGAUUGUGUAGCGAUAGACAAAGACGAACAAUCCGUGUGUACUUUGACCUUCUUGAGCUUGCCUUGCUGCUGCGUUCUUUGACCAACAUCGUGCGC